ACGAAAAAAAGAUGGCGGAAACUGCGGCAGCCGAAACAGAGAGUGUUGAGAAGAAGGCCGUGGGAGCUUCGGCUGCCCCGGUGUCGUUUAGCUUCACGCGGACAACCGGGAGGAGGAGGCUUCUCGCCGUGACGGGACAAGAUGGGGGAGAAGAGAAACUGGAGACCGAUUUCCUUCGUGCCGUUGAGGGGCGAGAAUUACAAAGUGUCCGGCCAGCCCCGCAGCCCAAAGAGCUCGUGAUCCCCCUGAUUCAGAAGAACCAAUGGAAGAAAGUGGCGGAUCCGGCACCGCUCCCAGACCCGGACGGGAGUAAUGGGGUCGAAGCCCAGGCCGUCAGAGAGCUCAUUGAGGAAUCCAAGAAGACGCAGGAGCAAUGGGAGAGCAGCAGCAAGAUCGACCCCGCGUUUGCCAUCCCCCUCCUCAUGCAGAAUCGUGUCCCCGACGGCUACGAGGACGGGGAGAAAAUGGACGUCAGCCUCCGUCCAGAAUCGUCGACGGAGGCUGAUUACGAAGAGGUGCCAGUUGACGCCUACGGUAUUGCCAUGUUGAAAGGCAUGGGCUGGAAGGCAGGCGAGGGCAUCGGGCGCACCUUCAAGCAGGAUGUGAAGCCACCGGAGAACCGUCUUCGGCCCAAGGGCCUGGGCCUCGGGGCGGACCGCUCAGCAGCCCAGGAUCUGCAGCCUUCCCGCCCCCAGCGCCCCCCGAAGCCGGGCGAGGAGCAGUCCAAGAGCAAAGAGGAGCCGUUGGGAUUGGUGGCGGGAGGCGCCGUCUUCAUAGAGGCCGGGCCCCACAAGGAGCUCUAUGGAAAGAUCGAAGGCACGGAUGCCGACAACGCUCGCCUCAUGGUGAAACUGGCCAUCGGGGGCAAGAUCGUGACCGUGAGCCAGCACGGAGUCUGCCCGGUGACCCAGAAGGAAUACGAUAAGUUCGCCAGAGACCUCAGUCGCCUCAGCAAGGCCCACAAAGAGAAAGAGGCGGACCAGAGGAACGGGGCCCAACACGACCCGGAGAGCGGGGCCGCCCCAGACAGAAAAGAGGAGAGGAGCAAAAAGAGGAAGCAUCCCCCGGAGGCUGAAAGAGAUGAAUGUUCGGGAAAACAGAGCAAGACGGGCACCAGCGGCCAUUCCUCGUCCAAAGGGCCCCACUGGUUGCGGCGAGAUCUACGAGUCCGCUUUGUGGAUAAACUCUACAAGGGGGGGAAAUACUACAAUACAAAAAUGGUCAUCGAGGAUGUCCUGAAGCCAGAUACUUGUGUCUGCCGGACAGAAGAGGGCCGGAUCCUGGAUGGCAUCCAAGAGUCCAUGCUGGAGACCGUGAUUCCCCGGGGUGACUCCGACUGGGUGAUGGUGGUGCUGGAGGAGCACGCCGGCCAGGUGGGCCGCAUACUGCGUCGCAACAAGGACCAGGGCUGCGUGCUGGUGCAGCUGCAGCGGGACGAGGACAAACUGCUGACCCUGGAUUUCGACGCCGUCUGUCACUACGUCGGCGGAUCGGAGGACGACUGAGUGCCGCUUGGCCCUCCGGAGCACACAACACCUGCGCUAAAUAAACAGGGCCCCCCCCCUUCCCCAAAACCCUCCUACAUGGUCAAGAGCAGAGCCCUCCUUUGACUCCUCUCUUGCAGUGCCGGAAAAGCUGAGCGCCCUCGAGGAAGCGGAGGACGCGAUGGCCUCCCCUGCAGAGCGGGCUCAAGUGUUGUAGUCUAAACGGGCUCUGGGUGCAAGUUCUGCUCCUCGAGACACAGGCUUGUGCUUUCUAAACGGGGGGGUCGGGAGGAGGCCACAGAGAGAACCGAGGGCCUCUCAAGGUUCUAGAGCAAGAACGCACAGAACAAAUCUAAUCAGGAACGAAAGUCAGCCGAUGUGGGUAGCUGCUGGCUUGCUCUAGAGCAGUGGGAGGUUAAGGGUGUGUCCUGACCAGUGGAAGCUGGAUUUGGCUCUCUUGCCCCCACGAGGAAGGGAGUCUUCUCCACUCUAGAUUUUUAGGAUGUCCUCUAGACAGUGAGUGGCAGCCGUGAAUUUGUGCGAUGGCUAUGGGACGGAGGUGAAUACCAUGAAACCCUUGCUCCGAGCAGAACGCCAGGUGCUUUGGGUAUUCACGGGGAGGAAACGCGGGCGUAUGUUUUUUAACCUGGAUUUUCCAGAGCAGUGCACAUCGGUUGCCGAUGGAAAUCGCGAAGCCAGGACUGCGGGACAAAGAUCUUUUAAGACAGAACGUGGCAAAGAGCCCUGGAAUCUCUCUAGGGCCCUGAGCUCAACCGAUCUUGUUGGGCUCUCGGGACGUGAUCCGAAAGAAGGAUUCCAGGUUCGCCAUAAAGAUUCCAGGACAACCAUUUUUUGAUUCUGAACCUGAGAUCAACAACGGGCUGUGGAUCAGCCCUCUCAAAAGGGGGGAGCAGCUCGUUCUGAAGGACAUAGAGAGGGUCUUUGACAGUUGGCUCCCGUCAGCCCUCCCACAUGAGAAACAGGCAUGCGAGGGGGUACCCCUUUCGUGGGCGGCGGAGGCAGACUUGGCAGGGCCAGGGUACCACCCCCAGCCAGCUUCCCCUGGUUUUAUUUAAAUAAACACCCGGGUUUUUCCUCCCUUGUUUUAUUUGUGCAAUUGCAAUCCUGGUAAUUUAGUGUGACAUUAUCGUUACCAUUAAUUCAGUUUGUUAAUUGCCCUGUCCCAGUUUACGCCAGGCUCUGCAUGAUGUACAGGCAGCAUGGUGCCAUAAAAAUACACAAAACAUUAAAAUUCAGUAUACAAUUUGAUUAAAAACUAGAAACCCAGACUAAAAGAUCCAA